AUGACAUUCAACUGUAAGUUUAGAACUGAAGGCAUCCCCAAGGAUUCUCGCACUCACAUAACAAGAUUCACAUCCGAUUUUCAGAUACGUGGUUCAAUCAUUAAGCUCUGUGGUUCAAAUCUGAUGAUUAAUGAACAGUAUCGCAUAUGUGAGGUAAACCAUGAGGACUUCAAUGAAGGCAUCAUUCAAGUCCAAGCAAAGAAGAAAGCAAGCCUAAAUUACUAUGCUGAAAACAUAACGAUACAAGCAAGGAUUAUCCGACUAUGGACCGUUCAUGCCUUCAAUAAUCCGAGUGAAACAAAUGCUAUUGAAAUGGUUUUACUAGAUGCAGAGGGAGGCAAGAUUCAAGCUUCUAUUAAAAAGUCUUUUAUCUCAAAAUGGCAGAAUGUUUUCCUCGAAGGACAAGCGUACAAUAUUUCGUAUUUUGGUGUUGGAAAGAAUGCUGGAGACUAUAAACCCACGAUGCAUCCAUAUAAAAUUAACUUUAGAAUGUUUACUCAAGCUCAAGCCGUAGAAGUGGUUGCAUCGACCAUUCCUAUGGAUGGUUUUGAUUUUAAGUCUUACGAAGCACUAAAAGAUUUAGACAACAGUGUAUUAAUCGAUUGUAUUGGAUAUCUUUCUAGAAUAUUAUCAACUGAUCAAUUUAUUAGAGAUGGUAACCCCCAAAAAAUGCUCAAUAUUCAACUAGAGGAUUUGCAGAAAAAUUUCUUGAGUUGCACUUUGUGGAAUCAAUAUGCUGAUCAAUUGACAGAAUACUUAUCUAAUCAUCCAAAUUGUCAAGUUUUUAUUGCCAUCCAGUAUGCAAAAAUCAAGACUUUUCAUGGUGUUGUUGGAAUAUCGAGUUCCCUAUUUGUGACUGGACUCCAUAUAAAUACUGAUAUUGCAGAGAUAAAUGCUUUUAAAAAGAGUCACAUCUCUCAGAAAAAUGAAAACGAGUUCCUGAAAAAAUCGGAGAGGAAACAUGUUGAUGAGAUUCUUGAAAUGCAGGAGGUUUGCAACUGUGUGACAUUAGCCACAAUAGACUCUAUUGAGCUUGAGAAUGGUUGGUUCUACCUUGCAUAUCCUGUUCCAAGGUUCAAACUUCAAGUAAGGGUGAUGGAUGAAUCAGGAAGUGCUUCAUUUGUUAUUUUUGAUCGCGAGGUGGUACAAAUCUUAGGAAUGUCUGCAUUACAUAUAAGAGAAUGCCAAAUUAAGGAUGGAAAUAAGGAUGACAAUGACGAUUCAGUGCCUAAAGAUUUAAAAGAACUGCUGGACCGGAAGUUUUUAUUUAAAGUUAAAGUUACAGAUUAUAACCUUAAGCAAAGCUGCCCAUUAUUCACAGUAACAAAGAUGUCUGAUGAUGUAGAUCUCAUAAAGACAUUCCAAGAUGUAGAGGAUCCUAAUGAGGUUAUGGAGCAUGAAGAACAACUAGACGUGACUUCAAAAUCUGUCAACCAUUGCAAGGAUACUAACACAGAGAAGAAUAUACUCAACAAUGACAAUGAGAAUAUGGAUGACAAUUGUGAGGAACUUUGUAUCACUCCAAACCAUAAAAGAAGCUUUGAAGAGUUAGGGUGCACAAGCUCGGAAGGGCAUAUUACAUCAUCUGAGUUUUCUACUAAUAAAACUCAGCGAAAGAUUGUCGUCAAAAAAGAGAAGGACUAA